AUUUUCCAGAAAAAUAUUAUUAAUUAAACGUUAACUAAGCAACAAAACAAAAUGAAGCUUUUCCGAUCUCGCUCAAGCCGAAGAAAAAAGAAUGGUGAUAUUACCGCCUCAGAUGAGUUUACUUUCCACAUGCCGUCCCAGUUUGAAGACAGACGAGCCCAAUUGGAAAUAGAAUGCUUUAAAAAACGACGAGAAAUCAACAGACCGGAGUCAAAAAACGUUAUCCGGAAACAUAUAAACAGUAUUGACAGUUUGAAAUCCGACGGGGAAUCCGAUUAUGAGUCCAUGCCACGGGUUAAUGAAAACGAACUCUGUUCAGCUUUGGAUAGAUUCAGGUUGCAUGACACUUUAUCGAGCUCAAGUUCAAAUGACAGCAAGUUUUCGAACCAGUCCACACCAUCAUACACAGGAUCAGAAGAAGUAAAUUCACGUUUACAAGAUACAAGACAGCAAGUUUUUCCCGAUAACUCACCUUCGAAUUGGACAAGCACAGAAAUUCUCUUAUUUCCCGAGGAAGAGUGGGCAAGAAACGCUAAGAAAAUUCAAUGGACAAUCAAAUUUAGUCGAUGUUGGGAAAGCCUUUGCAUUGUCACUGAAAGAAGCGUCGGUGGAUCUUACACGAAAUCCGCGGAGUCAAAGGUCAUCCGAUACGUAGACGGAAGUCUAAGUGUCAUCGGUCGAUUUCAACGUUUAGAAAACCCAGAAUUCGAACUUCAUCUAUCAACAGCUUGCCACAAUGAUUUACAGAACGGUUACGUUAUGACUGGACAUUUGCUUCAAGGAAAUUUGAGCUUAUAUGAUCGUUUAGAUAUCACACAUUUUGCCGCAAUAACACGAGAACAAUAAGUCGAACAGAUUGCGUAAUGGUUAAAAUCAGUGGUAGAAAUUGUUGUGUCCCCAUGGGCUCAAGCGAACCCGUUCUAGGAAUGUCAUGACAUCUUGAUUUAUUUAAGCUAUAAAUGGCAUGGUUUCUGAAAUAAUGGAACCCGUUGUUAAUGAGUUUGAUACAAAAGAGAACCCGGUCUAAAUUUUGAAUCCACCACUAGAAUAUUCCCUUAAUUAUCCCUAUCAUUGACUGCUUUCCUAAAAAUUUGUUUAUAGUGAAAGUGAAAACAAACAAAAAAACAUGCUACGUUUGAACAGGCAAAAACAGUGAAAAACCGUCAAAAACCACCGAAUCCCUUGUAAAAACGUGCAAAAACAGUGAAAAUCGCGAAAAAACAACAAAAGACUUUCAAAAACGUACAAAAAGAGUGAAAAAGCCCAAAAAUACUGCUACGUUUGAUUAGCUUCUCAAGCUGUCAUGACAAAAUGUUUUCUUGUUGCUCUAAAUUGAAUAACUGCAUGUGCAAUCACUGUCAUUUUUUGUUUUUAUCUGCAGUAAUAUGUUCUUUCAAAUUUAAAUUAAGAUCGAAUACGACAACGUUUUGUCGUUUUUCAUUUCUCGUUAUUUCCCUUUUCUCUGUAUUUUUUAUUUUUGUUACGUUGUUGUUAUAUAUUUACCGACUGUUUUGAGUUUCAUAUUUUUUUCAUUCUAUUUGU